CAAUGCAGCAGGUAUUGGACAACCUCCAUGAGUUGCCCGGCUCUACGGGAGCUAAGGAGAUAGACCUCAUCUUCCUCAAAGGAAUAAUGGAGAGUCCUAUUGUCAGAUCUCUUGCCAAGGCUCAUGAGAGACUUGAAGAAACCAAACUGGAAGCUGUGAGAGAGAAUAAUGUAGACCUUGUGAAGCAAAUUCUUGAAGACAUCAGUUGCAUAGUCAAUCACAAUGAGACUGCUACAGAGCUGACCAAAAUUCUGAAGGAGCCACACUUUCAGUCACUUUUGGAAGUCCAUGAUUUGGUUGCAUCAAAGUGUUAUGAAACACCACCCUCAAGUCCCAGUCUGCUAAAUGAAAUCUUGAACAACCAGACAGCAUCAGGAGAUGCUGUUCGCAUGAUUGGAAUUCAGAAGAAGGCCACAGAGCCUUUGGGCCUUACCUUUAGGGUAGAGAACAAUGAGCUGGUAAUCGCAAGGAUUCUCCAUGGCGGUAUGAUUGACCGGCAAGGUCUUCUCCAUGUAGGUGACAUCAUUAAAGAAGUAAAUGGCAGAGAAGUCGGGUCUGACCCAAAAGCACUGCAGGAUAUAUUAAGGGAUUGCAGUGGUGGCAUCACAUUCAAGAUCUUGCCCAGCUACAAAGAAACUCCUAUGCCCCUCCAGGUGUUUGUGAAAUGCCAUUUUGACUACAAUCCAGCGAACGACAGCUUAAUCCCCUGCAAAGAAGCUGGAUUAAAGUUUUCUAGAGGCGACAUCCUGCAAAUUGUAAAUCAAGAGGAUCUCAAUUGGUGGCAGGCCUAUCAAAUGAAGGGAGGAGGAAAUGCAGGUCUAAUUCCCAGUCAAAUGUUAGAAGAGAAGAGGAAAGCUUUUGUUAAACGGGAUUGGGAUCUUUCAGGUUCAUCAGGACCAUUUUGUGGCACAAUAAUUGGUAAAAAGAAGAAAAAAAUGAUGUACCUGACAACCAAAAAUGCAGAGUUUGAUCGACAUGAAAUAAUGAUCUAUGAGGAAGUAGCAAGGAUGCCACCAUUUCAGAGGAAGACCCUCGUGUUAAUAGGAGCUCAAGGUGUGGGACGACGGAGUUUAAAGAACAGACUCAUCGUAAUGAAUCCCAUGCGAUUUGGAACAACAGUCCCAUUUACUUCAAGAAAACCAAGAGAUGAUGAACUGGAUGGACAUGCAUACAGAUUUGUGUCAAGGGUGGAAAUGGAAAUGGACAUAAAGGGCAGUAGAUAUCUGGAACAUGGAGAGUAUGAAGGAAAUCUCUAUGGGACAAAGAUCGACUCAAUCCAUGAAGUUGUUAGUACGGGAAGAAUGUGCAUUUUGGAUAUCAAUCCGCAGGCACUGAAGAUAUUAAAGACAGCUGAAUUUAUGCCGUAUAUUGUGUUUGUUGCUGCUCCUGAAUUAGAAACAUUACGUGCCAUGCACAAAGCUGUCAUUGAUGCUGGAAUUUCAACUAAACUUCUGACUGAUACAGACUUGAAAAAGACAGUUGAUGAAAGUGCUCGAAUUCAACGAGCAUACAGCCACUACUUUGAUUUGACCAUUAUCAAUGAUAAUUUGGACAAAGCUUUUCAGAAGUUACAGACUGCAAUAGAGAAGCUCUUUAUAGAACCACAGUGGGUCCCAGUUAAUUGGGUAUACUAGUAAAUUGAAGAUUAAACCGUCUUUCGGUCUGUGAAUAAGUAGAAAUUUGGAUAGCGAUGUGGCAGAAGACAUCAGAUGCAAAGGCAGAAAGUCUGUUUUAUCAGAUGCCUUUAUAUUCUUUGUAGGUUCUGUCUAUAGUACACUAUUUUGGCUUUUUAUAUAAAUAACUGAAGGAAAAGUGUUCUUAUAAAUGUAAUUUAUUUUAAUUUUUCUAACUUUUUACAAAUGAUCUUUGUAUCCAUACAUAUCAAGUGAAGGAAAAUAAGUUGCAAGAAAAACCUUUUUUCAUUUUUGCCUUCAAAUGCCUAGUUUACAGAUGUGUAUCCAAGUUCUAAGGAUUUUGAUGCAAGGUAAAGAUUUUUUUCAGAUUCCAAAGCUGUAAAUAGCCACAAAGUUAUUUGUUAACUUGUACAGUGGAGAUUCGGUUAAGUGAAGCUUUGCACCAGCUUGAUGUAUAAUAUAUUGUUUCUGCAUUGGUUACAGAAUGGUGGGAUGAGGUCUUCAGUUUAAUGUAACGAAACUGUGUUAAUGAAAGGGCAUAACACAUAGCUCUAGUCUAUUCCUAAAGUCUAUAAUGCCAUUAUAGAUUUGUGUAAACCUGAUGGCAGGAUGGGGCCCCUGACAAUCUGGAUUUUUUUUUAAACAUUCCAGGUUAACUACCUUCAGCUUUGCACUGCAUCAUUCAGCUUUAAGUUGUGUGUUGGGUAACUCCUGCUGUGAAAAUAAUCAAAACAGGUACACUAGUUCAUCCCUAAGACUUUAAGAUAUAGGAGCAAAUUUAAGCCAUUUGGCCCAUUGAGUCGGCAAUACCCUUCGAUUGUGGCUAAUAUAUGUCUCCAUUAUAUUUUCCUGCCUUCUCCACGUAAUCCUUGAUCCUGGUACUAAUCCUCAAGUAUACCAUGGCAGACUGGCAGUUUGCAAAUCAUCUUUACUUACCUUAUCCCAACAACAGUGUGCAUUUAUAUAAUACUUUUAAUAUAUUAAAAUGUCCCAUAAUGCUUUGCAAGAAAGUCUUGUGCUGGUUAAGAGUGUGUUGACAUUCUCACAAUCACAUCAAAGCACUACUCUGUAUAGAUUAACAUCAUUCCUGGGUGGGUUCCUAGCAUACCUCUUAGUUUCUCUUAUUAACUUAGAUCUGUGGCAUUUACCUGAUUAAUAGGAUUAUUUUUGAUAACUUGCCUGGGAUGAAGUAGAAAUCAUAUGAGAGAUUUGAAUACAGGUCUUCGUUCCUUCCCACAUGUACAUUAAGCUUCUUAAUUCCUAUAAUUAGUUUGACAGUUACAGCCCAGGAUCAUCAUCAAUGUAAUGAGAGAGUUGGUUAAUUGUGACCUUGCAGAAUUAAAACUAGGGCUUGCCACUCCCCAGCAGUGUUUAAGUUACUUGUGUUAUUACUACUCCGCUCACCCACCAACCCCUUUGUCUGACAUGGGGCAUUGGAAAGACUUGUUUUAAAAUCUUGACUAUCUGCCCACCAAACUCUGUUCUUUUAAUUCAUCUCCAGUAGUUGUUUUAAGUCAGAUUGUGAGUUGAAUCUUAAUUCUUCACUUUCACGUGUUGAUUUUGACAUCCUUUAAUGUUGCUGGAAGGCUGGAAUUAUUUUAUUGCAAAGAUGGAUUCUACAGCUGCUUUUCCAUAGAAUGUGAUUUGAGCUGAUUUUUAAAAUUCAUUUUCCUCAGUCAGAACACAUUACCGACCCACAUCUCCCUUUCUAGUGGUGUAUGCUUUUAAACUAUUUUUUCUAGUUUCCUUAUUGCUUGUUAAUUGAAACUAAAUUGAGCUUCCAAAAUAUUACACACUUGAAUGGAAUAGACUGUAGCUUUAUCUGUUCUCCAUUGACUCUGUGUACAACUCCACUGAAAUGAAGGCAAAGCAGCACAUUCAUCCCAAUAAUCAAUUUAAGGUGGUUAUUCAACCAUCUCUCGGCUCCACUGGUUGCCCUCAAUAUUUAUAGUUUUCUUCCAAAUUCCUUUGCCAGAUCGGAUUAUUCCUGCUGACUUUUUUAAAAAGGUUUUGCAACUAUGGGAUUUGUUAUAAAAUGAAACCUUUUUUACAUUCUCUGUUGCUUCUAGAACUGUUAAGUAACUUAUUGCCUAUUGUUAGAUCUUUAGAUAUUUAACAUGAAACAUGGAAGCAAGUGAAACGAGGAAAUGGAAAGCUUUCACUCUUCCAACAAAGUUUACACAGAUAAAUAUUUUAGUAUUUCAAAAAUUCCAGUAUUUGUAUUUUGUUUGAUUUGAUUUAGUUGUGCUAUUAAGCAUAAUAAUAUGUUUGAGAUAAUAAUUUUAGCUAGUUACUUUGACAAAAUAUUUUAAUGAAUUGUGCUAGUGAUUGUUAUUGAUGAGUUUGUUCCGUGUUGUGGCGUAUUGUCAAUCUACUUUUAAAUUGUAAAGUUUUUUUUUUAUAUUUUGAGGUUGCUUCCUGUCUUGGUGUUUGUAUGUUUCUCAUUCUUUGCCCUGUCCCAUCCUGGGUAUGAUUUAGAUGAACUUGGACAUUUACCACAUUAUUUCCCCAUGACACUAAAAACAACAUAACUUGUUAACUGAGCUAUAACGAUGGUCCUCUGCUGCAAAGAGAAUAAAAGACAAAGAAAUUGAGGUUGUUGACAUGUAUGUAGUUAAAUUGAAGCUCAUAUUGGGUUUUAUUAUAUUUACCUUCAGAAAUCUCAUUCAUUGGGUUCAUUCAGGCCCUCUGCUUGUAAGGAUAUGAGUGAAGGUUAACAGUGCAAACAAUUUUGGAGAGGAAACAAGAAUAGAUUGCAAUUGUUUAAAAUGAAGGCUGUGAACAAAAAACAAUCCAUUGAAUCCUAACACUGUGUAAGCAAGCUAUUUGACUGAUUGAGUCCACACCAAUCCUCUGAAGGGCCACCCCCACCCCCAGCACACCUGCCUGUACGUCCCUGGACAAUAGGACAAUUUAGCACAGCCACCUAACCUGCACAUCUUUGGACUGUCUGGGGAAACUGCAGUACCCGAAGGAAACCCACACAGACAUGGGGAGAAUGUACAAACUCCAUGCAGACAGUUGCCAGAGGGUGGAAUCGAACCUGGGUCCCUGGCACUGACAGGUAGCAGUGCUAACCAUUGAGACACUAUCACCCAUAGAAAUUGCUUUGCAGGGCUUCAGUAAUAUGAAAAUACUGCUCAAGCAGUUGAUCUUUAGACUAUGCGUGAUAUAUUCUUUAUGAAAAUAAAGGAGAUGACAAAAGAGAAAGUAAUUCAUGUUUCUGGGCUAUAAGUAUCAGUUCUAGUGAAAUAUUAUUUUGUACAGAGUAUACAAGUUAAUCUGAGAAACUCUGGCCUUGUGCCCUCACUGGGUGAGUAACCAUUGCUGUGACUGAAGGUUUAAAUGAUAAUGGUAGGGAAUAGAAAAGUCAAGGUAUAUAAGGAAAGGUAAAAGAGAACCAAGAAAUUUAUAAAGAAUAAGUAAGUCAAAACAAGAAUAAUCUGAAAGAGACUGCCAAACAGCCAAGUAUUUAUACACUACACUGCAUGAAAAGUAUAGGAAAAUAAAUUGUGGAUGUGUAAUUUUUAAUGGAAUAAUAUUGUUAACAACAGAUGUGGUUCCGAAGUUUUGAGGGAGGAAUAGCAAUGCCAGUCUGAGGUUCUCUACAGCAGAGAGGUGAUGCUGCAAAAUCUAAUAUUCCAUUUCAGUUACAAAAUCAAAAGGAUGACAAUCCUGGAGGGAAACCAUGGACUGCUCAGUAGUGAAUGAAUGAGUGUACAAGAUUGGUGAUAGGUUACUGAAUUCCACAAAGCUCUCACUGUUCAUUUUGGAAAUUUGUUUAUUUUUUGUAAAAAUCUGAAAAGCUGGUAUCAAUUUUUUUUAAAUAAAAACGUGAUGCUGCUGUAUCUGUCUGAAAAGUCAA